UAACGAGAGGUAUUCCCAGCACACCUGAAAGCCCGCAGAGCUGAAACUCCACUCGGCUUGUGCACUUAUAACACCGUGAAUCCUCAGUUUGGUGCUACGAAAUUACAUCCCAAACCCAUUUCACUCAACAUUGGAAUGUUUUAAUGAUUAUCAAACGUCAUGAAGACUAAGUACUCACACGUUAAUAGCAAUGUAACGUGAUCAGUCACUCGGUAUCCUCAACAGUGAAUGAACAAUUCGGUAUCUUUCUUGUUGGAGCAAGUAGUCAACUAGUGUGAUUGAGACGACUAACAGUAGAAACAGCGGUAUGAGGUACGGCAUGACAGUGCAUGGGAGAGGAUUUAGUGCGUUUAUCAGGAACAUGUGGUGGCUGCUCUUCUUCCUCGGUCUGGGACAGUUCCAGGUCAGUGGACAACUGUUGGAUACGGACUUUCAACCGACGGUGACGGCAACGUGUAAAGCUGGAUUCAUGACAAUACGGGUUAAUCUGAAUGAGAGUUUUGUGGGGGCUGUGCACGCAAAGGACAAGAGGAUGCCACCGUGCAUGGUAGUUGGGAAUGGCUCCAAACAGGCAACUCUCGGAAUUAAUCUUUUGGCACAGCAGGGGGCCCCCGAUUACUGCGGCGUGCAUGUUAAUAACCACACUGACGAAAGAUCCCUCCAGAUUGUUGUGAGAAUACACAAGACCCUGGAGCUUGCGGAUGACAAGUUUUAUGUAAUUACUUGUGGCAAAGCUGGCUUUCCAAAUUCCAAAAACGAAACAUCAACAGUAUCAUUGUCCAUCCUCGAUAAUGAUGGUCGUCGUGUGAAGGAGGCAGUAUUCAGUCACAACUACACACUGCGAGCGGAAAUAUCGCGGCCCGAUGGGAUCUUCGGGAUGAGAGUGAAGUCUUGCUUUGUAUUCAGCGCAACGAGGGACCCCGUCUAUUUGAGUGAUGAGAGAGGGUGUCCGACUCUUACCAGAGGCAUCACCAAAUUCACUUACGAUAAAAAUACAGGCAUUGCCGAUGCCACUAUCAUCACUAUGUUCAAACUGACUGAUCACGAUCAAGUGCAUUUACAGUGUAACGUAGCUGUUUGCAGAGGAAGCUGUGGAGUGCCCGUAUGCGAUGGAGACCCUCCAUCGACGGGUGUAAAGGGUCGGGAGGAGCCAGUGGGGCCCGAAGAGAGUUCCCUGCUUGUUGGUACCAGUGUAUUCAUCCUCAUGCCUGGUGAAAUACCUCGUUCGCUGGCUGUUGGAACUGAGAGUCUUCACUCCCAGUGGUUAUUGUGGCUGGCGAUAGCCUUCGGCAUUCUCUUUUUGAUAAUGCUUAUUAUAAAUAUAUUCCUCUGCUCAGCUAUGUCAUGCAGUUGUGCACGCACAGAAAUAAUUGAGAAGGAGCCGUCGAUAAUCGAAGAUUACGAUCCAUAUCGCAGUUGGCCGGGCUCACAGUAUGGCUCCAGGUACUCACUGAACGGUAAACCAGGUUAUCCGUCCGGCGGAUCAACGAUGAACUCGACGCGAUCGAUAUCGACAAACAGCGAUCACUAUGCGAUUGUUCACUCACGUCCAGGAAGCAGGUACUCAGGCCCAGGUCACAAGCACCAUCAUCAUCAUCAUCGAGGUCCACCCUCCAACAUCGGCUCUCACUACUCCGCAAAGUGAUGGCUCCACCCCUUCCAUUAAAAUCCUUGCAACGAACUUCGAAAAAAAAGAACAAAAUAAAAACAAAUAAAAUAAAAACGGAGCGAGUCCAGUUGGCUCGUUACACCCAUAGACUUAAUUCUCUUAGUCAUGAAGAUGAAAUUUAAAAAAAUGUUAAUAACUUGAAGACACCAGUGAAGAGCAGAUCAACUAGGUGAUUGAUAAUCACGUGGAAUAAUAGUACUUUGUAACAUCAAUUUAUUAUUAAGGUUAUCUGUAAUUGAGUCUGUUGAAUAGACUUAAUUUUUGUACAUAAAUUUUUAUUGAUUUUAAA